AUGUUUACACGUGCUCCAACAAGUCUCCUACCGCCAUACUAAUGUGAAUGAUCAGCAAGACAAAUAAAUACCUCCGUCCCUUGUUGACUUCUUUUGCCGUUUAUAGACGUCAUUCACACAGUUGGCCCUCGGAACAAGGACGCCAACGUCCUCAAAAGCUGCUACGAGACAUCCCUAGCUUUGUGCUCGGAAAAUGGACUUAAGACAGUUGCCUUCCCCUGCAUCGCCACUGGCAUAUUUGGUAAGGCAUUCUGUAUUGGCUUUUAACUGUCCCAUUCUUCGUUUAUUCAUAGCCUCUCUGCUUCACGGAUUUUGGAUAUCUUUAGAGUCUUCUGCCGACGUAAUUGGGGCCUUUCGGCCGCGCAACUGAGGCGCAUUUUGCUUUUUACUUCCUCUGAAGUAGUGUUAUUUAGAAGAAUCUGCCACAGAGUGGAAUUUUCACCUGAAACUUAUGCCUUCUACUUUACCUCUUUUGUAGGUUUUCCAAACAGGGCGGCCGCAGACAUUGCAAUUCAGACUUCAUGUUCGUACCUGGAAUCACACCCUGAGGUGGGACAUUCUGCACACAUCCUUCUCCUUCACCCCCCGCUUUGUCGUCGUUUUUCCUCACGCUCUGCUCACACCAUCUCACCAGAGAGUCUCGCGCACCUACCAUAUUAUCACCUAAGGGUCUAGGCUUAGUAGGGCAUGAUCUCCAAAGUGGCAAACGGGAAAUUCAGUGUUAUGGGUUGAAAAUGUGGUGGAAAUAAGUGCGUCUGAGCUUGGAAAACAUGGUCUUGAUAGUGACUACCAACAUGCUGUUCCAUGCCUUGUACAAAUACAGCCGCAGGGCCAGGAACUCGCAAACCCUAACCUGGACAUAAUCCCAAAGGGUUGAGAUUCGGUGGGCUGAGUGGCCGUACUCCCUUUGACCAGAAGUUUAGGCUCUGACAGUCACUCUUGCACCAUCGUGCGUGUGAAACAGUGUCUCCUUCUGCGCGAAGAUCAUCUCGGACAGGCUCGGCAAGUUUUCCAAGAUCCAGGGAAUGACGCGCGGACGCAGAAUAGGGUCCAGGGGCUCCCUGGCCGCAUCCAGAAGCAUUUUCUGGAAAGACGGCUCCGAAAGCCAUCAGUCAUGGUGAGUGCUGCACGUGGUUGGCCAUCCUGACUUGACUGGAGACAUCCUCCACCCCAAAGUUGGGAGUGCACCCACCAGUCUUGCUGUUACAAACCGGCUCAUCUUCCGUGACGAGGAUCUGCAUUGGUAGGGGACGCUCACCAAUCGUUCUUACGGAACUCACUCAUUCCGUUGUGCCUUACGAGCUUAACCAGCAGCCGCACAGCGGCGCGUGAUUUACGGUAAGCAGUAUGUUAUUGCCGACAAAGACAAGGGAGACUGGAAUGGCCAUUUCUGGCUUAUUAGCAGUCGUCAACCAGUCAUACCCAAGCCCGAAGUGUGGAACACCCGAGGCUCGAACUCGCGACCUGUUAGUUAGAAGUCCACGCCUCUAACCACUGGACCACGAGCCCGUUGCUCUGUAUCUGCAUCUUUUGUUUAUCAUUGACCCGAGACCCCGGUAGCGAUAAUUUUUAAAACGAAACUUUUACCUGGGGAAUUCAUUGAUGUUUUGGCAGAUUUUGGAUAAUUCAUAUUGACCCAACUGUGAAAAACUCGGCGCCUCGGUAGGAUUCGAACCCACGCAGUAAGGGGAAGGCUUUAGCGCAGCCAACGCUCUAACCACCUGAGCUACGAGGCCCCGCCGGACCUGGGGAAUUGACACCUUUGUUGUGAUGCUGGCCGCGAGUUUGGCGGUAUCGACUGUUUAAUUUCUUCUUACACAGCCGUGACCUUAGGAUGUCCUGAUUAUUUCAUUCUUUUUGCGCAAAGAAUUGUUGCUUCGGCAAUUGCUAGGCUUUUUAUCAUGUCGGGGUCUGACGAACCCACUUGGGGUGCUUUAAGCUCUUUCUCUCUACCCUUAGGACCAACUUCGACACCGUCGAUUUUUCGCACAUGAUUACUUUCUUCUCAAUCCCUAGUGCUUUCCAAAAGAGUCGGAAAAGUUUGAUAAUAAUCGCCAAGCCUGUACCAGCUUGAAUUUCCGUCUGAAUUUGUAGGCUGCAUAUAGUACAAGAAUAGCUGUCUAGUUGUGAUUUAUUCCAUUCUGCCUUGCAGGUCGAAAGAAUUAUCUUCUGCUGCUUUCUUGAUGAGGACUUCCAGCACUACAAGGAGCUUCUCUGUCAGCGGUUCAAAGUGUAG